AUGGCCGCGGCACCGUGGGCAGACGUCCCUGCCAAGGACACCUUCUUCGCCCUGGUGACGGGCGCAAACAGUGGCGUCGGGCUCGGCAUCUGCCAGCGCCUCAUCGACGAGUUCCUCCACACGCGCUCUCUGACCUCGCACCUCAUCCUCAUCCCCACCACCCGCGACACCCGCAAGUCCGCCGAGACCACCGCCCAGCUGCGCAGCCACCUCCACAAGACCGCCGCCUCGUCAAGGCUAAGGGCCCGGGGCGCCGAGCCCGCCGACACCGCCGCCCGCGUCCACGUCCUCUCCCUGCAGCUCGACCUCUGCGACUUCGCGACGGUGCACGCGGCCGCCUCCCAGCUCGUGGGCGGCACCCUCGCGCUCGACGGCCACGGCGGUGGGGUCCGUAUCCCCCGCCUCGACGCCGUCAUCUUCAACGCCGGGAUAGGCGGCUGGACGGGCGUCGACUGGUUCAAGGCGGCGCGUAACUUCCUCACCGCCGGCUGGGUCCAGGCCACCACAUGGCCGAUCUUCAAGGUUGCCACAGCAGGCGGGACGGUCGACCCGCUGCCUCGGCGGCAACAGCAGAAACAGCAGGCCGGGGCCAGCGACGAGAACGACAAGGCGGUGGUGGGCCAGAUCUUCUGCGCCAACGUCUUCGGCCACUACAUCUUCGCGCACGCCAUCCUGCCCCUGCUCAGCAGGCGGCAGGGUGACGAAGACGCCGAUAUCCCGCCGGGCAGGUUGAUCUGGGAGGGCAGCAUCGAGGCGGCGCGGGAGCACUUCCGCGUAGGCGACCUGCAGGCGGUGGAGACGGAGGCCCCCUACGAGAGCACCAAGCGGCUGACGGACCUGCUGGUGCUGACGACGGGGCUCCCCGGCGCGCGGGCGCACAGCGCGCCGUACUGGCGGCUGCCGGGGCAGCCGACCGGGGAGGAGGAGCAGCAGCCGCCGAAGGUCUACGUGUGCCACCCGGGCAUCGUCGUGACGACGAUCCUCCCGCUGCCCUUCAUACUACAGUACCUGUGGACGCUCGCGGCGUACGUGGCGCGGUGGGUCGGGUCGCCCUGGCACACCAACACGUCGUACAACGCGGCGGCGGCCAUGGUGUGGCUCGCGCUCGCGGCGCAGGGGGCGCUGGACUCUGCACGGGCCGAGUCGGUCAAGUGGGGGUCGGCGUGCGACAUCCGCGGCAACACCAUGGUCAAGAAGACCGAGGUGGACGGCUGGGGGUGGACAGGCAAGGUGGAGGGCCUCGACGAGGACGACGGUGCGACCGGCGCGCUGAGGAAGAUCAAGGGGCGCAAGAGCGGUGCACAGGUCGUGACGGAGGAGAGCAGGGUCGAGUUUGAGGAGACGGGGGCUUUGUGCUGGCGGGAGAUGGAGAGGCUGAGGGCUGAAUGGGAGGUGAGGAUGAAGGAGGCAGGUCUGAACGGCCAUGCCUAG